AUGGGUGAUACAGAGCAACCGAACGAACCGGACAGCAAGAAGCCGAAACUCCAAUCAACCGACCAGUCGUCGGCAAGAUGCCAAUUCUUCGUACAGCGUAAAAAACGAUACUGCAAGAUGACGGUUGGUAACGGGAAGGUGUACUGUGGUGAGCAUGAACCGACCAACGCCGGUAACGCUACCGAUCCUGCCACGAGCGAUCGAAUACCGUGCCCGUUCGAUCCGAAACACACAAUAUCGGCCGCUAAGAAGGAGAAGCAUAUGAAAAUUUGCAACGCACGUCCGCCGGCGGAACAGCAACCGUACAUUGUGCCCGAGAUUAAUAGUACCUCGGAUGUGGACGAGGUGCCCGGUGAUGCAGCGUCCAAUGUUGCGGAUGUAAAGCUAUCGGAUAUGCCGCCGGAUAGGUUGAUCGCGCUGAUAGCCAAGAUUAACCAGCUCUACGAUGGUUCAGUGGAAGCGCUGCUGAAGGAACAAUCACCCCGGCACGAAAUUCUAGCACAGGAACUAACGUUGGAACACUACGGUCCGCAAACGCUAAAACACUUGACCCAAUCGUCCGCACUGCUCGGUUUGCUCGAGACUUACGAGUGCUUAGCGAACGAUACCGCAUACGUGGAGUUCGGCGCGGGAAAGGGCCAGGUUGCAUACUGGCUGGCAAGAAUCGUCGAAACGCAGCUAGAAAACUGCAAAGUACUGCUAGUGGAUCGUGCCUCCCAUCGGCACAAAAAGGAUAAUAAGAUAGAGACGCGUGAAAUUGUACAGCGAGUACGGGCGGACAUUGCUGACCUGGAGUUGGGUCAGUUAAAUUUGUUGGAAUCGAGCCGGAAGAUUGUUGGCAUCGGGAAGCAUCUUUGUGGUGGUGCUACGGAUCUCGCUUUACGCUGUUUGGUGCGCAGCGGUAAGGGUGAAUCGGGUGUGUCUCGGGUUAAGGGAUGCCUUUUUGCGCUGUGCUGCCAUCACCGGUGUGAGUGGCGAACGUUCGCUGGGAAAUCGUUCCUGCUGGCGAACGGUAUCGAGCGGGAGGAUUUUGAGUGUAUCGUGCGGAUGGUAAGCUGGGCCGUUUGUGGUACAGGACGGAGUCGCGAACGGCAGGCGAACGGGCCGCCGGAUGAGGAAAGCAAACAGGACCGGUGUGGAUUGACGCGAACGGAGCGGGAAGCUGUUGGGAGAAAGUGUAAAAGGGUUUUGGAUGCUGCCCGGUUGCAUUACAUGGAGCAGCAUGGAUACGAUGGGCAACUAAGGUAUUACGUGACGAGUGAAAUAACGCCGGAAAACGUUUGUCUUGUUUGUGUGAACAAAUAA